AUGCAUAGAAGAACCCCUUCUUUCUCUUCGACCCUUCUCAAUGCCAUUUAUCGAUCCAUCGACGAUUCCGGCGACGGAAACGAGCCGGCAUUGUGCCGUUACGGGGAGAAAACAAGUGCAAACCCUGUUAAGAAACAGAGCAGCGGUGCUCCCAUGGAGGGUGGUCGUCGGAAGGCUUCGAGUCUUAAACGUGCUAUCAUGAUUGAUGAUUAUCGAUCGACUGUUCGUUUCAACUCGACUUCGAGCUCAUCGGAUUCAAGCAACGGCGGUGGAGUCUUCUCGUCGUCCGAAGCCGAGUCGGGUUAUGGAGAGAAAUCGAGAAGAUCGAAGCCGGUUAAGUACGAUAAAUGUAGGCGGUUCGACGACGUCGACGGGGUGCAAAAGGCCAGGCGAGAAAGUGGCGGAGGGCUCACGAAGACCAAGCUGAAAGCAUUGAAAAUCUAUGGUGAAUUGAAGAAAGUGAAGCAACCGAUUUCCCCCGGUGGUUGGAUCACCGGCUUCUUAAACUCCAUCUUCAAUGCCAAUGCCAAGAAAGUGAAGAUGUGCUCUGAUGGUGUUUCCGGCGAUGUCGGUUUCCAUCGAAAAUCGAGAUCGACGGCUUCAUCACCCUCUUCAUUCUCCAGGUCUUGUUUGAGCAAAACACCUUCUUCAGGAGCUAAUAGUAAUAGCAAGUACAGUAAUGGACUUAAUGGUACUAAAAGGUCAGUUAAAUUUUGCCCAGUUAGUGUCACUGUCGAUGAAGAUUGCAGACCUUGUGGGCAUAAAUGCAUUCAUGAAGAAGAUCCCAGAUUAAUGUACAGAGAGGAACUACCGGUGUAUGAAACUACUUGGUUGAAAAGUAAUCAAGCCAUUGUUAAUGGCUUCAUGUUGUAA